UCGAGAGGAAUGCACACGAGGGAGCAGCAGAAGAAGCCUUUUGAGAGCGAAUCCUCAACGAGGCCAUCCAACUUCAAACAAAAUCUACUCGUUCCCAACAACAUGGACAGACAAAUCACGUGGGCUGAGAUCUUGGAUGAAUAUGAGGCCCGGGAGUCGGCGUGCCAGUCGACCACGUGGGGGGACGUUAUGGAUAAGGUGGACCCUUUCCCAGGCCAUAGUUACAAGAAUCGCUCCCCAAAGAGGAUAAUUGGGGAGUUGAAGGACGUCAGCGGGAUGAAGCAUCUCCAGGAAAAGAACCUUAGCAAAGAAAGAUGCACCAUGGAAGAGGAGCGCCUCUUUGAGGUGCAGCGCAUUGCCAGGGCGAAGUGCCGCACAGAUGAGAAGUACUUCCGAGACUAUCUCCUCAAGAAGCGCCUCAUUCAAGUGAAGUACUUCAUUGAUGAGAAGCAUCAUCUCGAGAUGAUGUGUCCUGAGGAGAAGAAUCUGGAGGAGGAGGAGAAGUGUCUCGCCAACGUGAAACGCGUCGAGGAGGAGAAGCGCCUUGAGCAGGAGCAGCGCCUUGCCAGCAUUGGCCCGAUUGCUCCAAGCUUUGGAGAAGAGGGCUUCCAAGCAGAGAAGAUGGAUAAGAAGACAGAGGUGGAACAGGAAGAGGAGAAGGUGGAGGAAGAGGUUGAGGAGGAACAGGAGGAGGGAAUGGAGAAGACAGAGAAUGGAGAGAAGAUG